AUGAAAUUAACGGUCUGUCUGCCAGUACUGAUUCAUCAAGAAAUCUUGUCAGAUAUAUUAAGCUCUGAUGAGAUAUGCUUGCUUCGAGAAAUUCGGGAACUAUUCCAGGAUGGACCUGAUAAGAUAGAGGAAGUGAAUGUCUCGACUGAUUUGAAAUUAAAGCAGAUUCUCGAGAUUUUUAACAAAUAUCCGAAUAUUCACACUAUGGCGGAGGGUUUGUUAAAAGAGUGUUCGCCGGAUGGUAUUAGCAUGAUCCAUAAUUUGAAUUUCUUUAACAAACUCAUGGAGGCCCGAAUAAAAAUGAUACCUCAAGAGAAACGUAAUCGCAAGAAGAAGGCGUUAAAAUCUCUUGUGGACUUGAAAAAGGCGGAAGUGGAUGUGGAAACAUUGCAAGCGAAUCUCGAUAAGCUGAGGUCGGAACACUUGGAAUUUGUGGAGAAAAUUUCCGCCGAAAUUGCGAGGGACGAGUCGAUAAUUGCAGAAAUUAAAAGAAAGCACAAGGAAGAGAUUUCGGAAGAAAUAAAUAAUUCCGAAUUUGAAAUGCUGGAGACCUAUAAAAAAAUGAGAGCAAAACAGGAUAUCGUUCAAGACGAGCUUAAUGCAUCCAAAAAGCUCCUUCACGAUCAGAUGGAAUCGAAUUUGACUCUUGAAAAGGAGCUGCACAAAUUGCAGCAGGUGGAAAAACGAUUCCUGGCCAUUUUGGAGGAGUACGAUUCAGAGAUCGGAGAACGACACGAAACUAUGGAAAAAUUAACUGCAAAAUCCAAUGGGUUGAGGGAUGAUCUUGAACAAUUGAGGAAGGAGUAUGCAUCCCAGGAAAUUAUUUACAAUAAUUUGAAGGAGGAAAAGGAGCUGGCCGAAAUGAAAGCCUUUACAGAGAAAAUGGACCGUUUUAAGGAGAACAGAGCUGCAAGGAUCAUCCAGAGAGCCUGGAAGAUGUAUCUCGAGAGAAUGGCCCAAAAGAAGAAGAAGAAGUCGAAAAAGAAACAGUAA